UGGAGUGGGACCUCUGUGGCAUCACGCAGUACCGACGAGCAACAAACGGGCAAAAUGUAAAGGGAAAAGCAGCCUUACACCACUUUUCGAAAGUAGGUGUGCAGUGGGGGAAAGUAUAGGAGUCUUUAAACGCGUGCGUAAAGUUGUCGUUACGCAGCAGGGACGCGCAAUAAUCUGCGCGUAAAAAGUGAGUCAAAGUGGACAGAAGUAAAAGAAAAAACUUUCACGAAGCGAUGGAUGCGUCAGUGAGCCUUUUGGGACGUAAUGAAGAGCUGACAGUGUGAGGGACAUUCGUUUCGACCAUUUACAGUCGGUGUCCAUGCCUUUCCAGAGUUUGGAGACAGCAGAUCCUGAGCAGUGACUAAGCCGCACGGCUGGGAAGCUAAAAUAAAUUGAAUUUGUCUGGACUUCAGAGUUUAUGUAAGAAGUAGGACAAGCACAACAACGCACGACUCGUUCCGUCCGUCGUGCGUAAAGACGCGUCGCCGUCCGGCAGCAUCUUGUUGUAAUGACAGACGUCGGCUCUGAACCUCCAAUUCUUCACAAAGUCGCAGCCAGCUGAUGCCACGACUCCAGCAGGAGUUUGUGGAAAGUUUUUUUCUCGUUUACAUCCUUCCCGUCUAUACCUCUUCUCAACAUGGACGAAGGUGUGGAGGCUGCUGCGGCCGACGGCUGCUCGGACGGGGAGAGCAUCAACCUCAGCGUGCUCAACUGGGAGCAAGUGCAGAGGCUGGACACCAUCCUCACCAGCUCCAUCCCCAUCCACGGCCGCUGGAGCUUCCCCACUCUGGAGGUGAAGCCAAGAGACAUCGUCAAGGUGGUCCGGAGCCGCAUGGAGGAGAAGCGGAUCCACGUCCGGGAGGUGCGUCUGAACGGCUCCGCAGCCAGCUACGUCCUGCACGAGGACAGCGGUCUAGGGUGGAAAGAUCUGGACUUAAUAUUCUGCGCCGAUCUGAAAGGAGAGAUGGAGUUUCAGAUAGUGAAAGAUAUCGUGCUGGCCUCUCUUCUGGACUUCUUGCCAGAGGGAGUGAAUAAGAAAAAGAUCACACCAGUGACCUUAAAGGAGGCUUACGUGCAAAAGAUGGUGAAAGUGUGCAAUGACUCGGACCGCUGGAGUCUCAUCUCCCUCUCCAACAACCGCGGCAAGAACGUGGAGCUCAAGUUCGUUGACUCUCUUAGGCGGCAGUUUGAGUUCAGCGUGGACUCCUUCCAGAUCCGCCUGGACUCACUUCUGCUCUUCUACGAGUGCUCGGAGCACCCCAUGGCCGCCACCUUCCACCCCACGAUUCUCGGGGAGAGCGUUUACGGCGACUUCCCCACCGCCCUCGAUCACCUGCGCAAGCGCCUCAUCUGCACCCGGAGCCCCGAGGAGAUCCGAGGCGGGGGUCUGCUGAAGUACUGCCACCUGCUGGUGCGUGGUUUCCGUGCCGCUUUCGACACCGAGAUGAAGCUGCUGCAGCGCUACAUGUGCUCGCGCUUCUUCAUAGACUUCCCCGACGUGAGCGAGCAGAGGCGGAAGCUGGAGUCCUACCUGCAGAACCACUUUGUGGACCUGGAGGACAGGAAGUACGACUAUCUGGCCACGCUGUACGAAGUGGUGCAGGAGAGCACCGUGUGCCUGAUGGGCCAUGAGAGGCGUCAGACGCUCAGCCUCAUCUCCUCGCUGGCGCUGCGGGUCCUGGCCGAGCAGAACGCCAUCCCCAACGCCGCCAACGUCACCUGCUUCUACCAGCCGGCUCCUUACGUCUCGGACGGCAACUUCAGCAACUAUUACGUAGCGCAGGUUCAGCCGAUCUACCCCUGUCCGCCCUCCUUUCCCCAGCAUUACGUUCCUCCUCAGCACCAUCCUAUGUACGGCACCUGGUUACCCUGUAACUAAACUCCGUGUGGGUUCAUGCACUUUUGUGUAACUGGUGGAACCUCCUUAAUAGGUGGUGAAUGGUAAUCAUUUUAUCUCUUUCUUGAGAUGGGAAAUUGAGGGAAAUGAGAGAAGGAAGAACAUGGGAAUUAGACAGAUAAAAGGAGAGAAUACGGAAGCACAGGAAAUGAGGGUAAGGAACCUGGAUCAGGGCAGAGGGCCAGAGAAAGGCUUUUCCCCGGGGGCAGAGUGCCACAGCAGGAGGAGCUGAGGCACAGGGAAGGAUGCCAGUAAGGGAGGCUGACCAAUUUCUGUGUGGGGUUCUCUCCUGGAAGAUCUAUUUGGUAGAUCAUCGAGGUGAACAACAGCCUGUAUACGGUGAUAUGUUUCUUGUCUGCUGUGAGUUACGGCUCGGAGGAACUCACAUUUGAAAAGAUAAACGUGUGAGAUCCGCAUCCUCUUCACAUGAGAAACCAAAACUAUCUCACAUUCACCCGCAGAGAGUAGCCGAGGACACAUGACAUGCAGAAGAUGUCGAUUCAAGUUCAAUCAACGGCGAGUUUCUGACAUUGUCCAUUUGCACUGUGUUUCUACGGGACUCCUUUUCACAGACAAUGCAAAAUGAGGAAUUGGAUACUGUUUACUUUUCCAAAGAUCUACUUUGAUACUCAACUUUAUCUGAAUUCUGAGACCAAAAAAAACAACAAAACAAUGCAUGCUUUAUUUCUGUACAGGAAUAAUUUUCUUUAAGUGCCUAGAUGAAGCCUAAAGGGAAGAGAUAUUUUAUUGUGAUUCUUUAUCUGUUGAUUUUUAAGGUGAUAAUGAAUGUACAGUGGAACAGAGAGUUUACCCAUGCAAGAGUAAGGGUCUCUUACACUGAGGCAAGUUUUAGCUUUACCAGCUGAUUAUUAUUUUUUUGACCAUGUUUAGCUAAAGACUCUGCUCUUAUCUGCAGUCCCGCUCGACGAACACACAUCCUGAUUACCAAAGAGGAAGUAGCAACAUAAUCUCAUCAUCGCUAGUGAGAGGGGGGAGGUGGAGGUUGGGUCAAAAUGCUUAUUAGAGUAUGAGAGAAGUGAAGAAAAGAAUUAGGUUUGGCAGCAAGAGAGAAAACGAGAGAGAAUAAACUGCUCUUAUCUGCAGUUUUAUUGGAUUGCCAAAUUAGGUACUCAAGUGCUCAGCUUGAUAAAAUGAAAAAGAUAAGAAAAGAGAUAAUGUGAUCAUCUGUCGGGGACAAUGAAAGGUAUUUGGAUAUGUGUAAGAUUUGCUCCUUAUGCAUUUCAAAAUGCAUCUCCAUCACGUGGAGUCUAUGUCAAAAUGUUCUUGUGAAACUGUAAUCCAUAUUAAUUAACAGAUCUGAAAUGUACAACUCACGCUUAAUUAAAAGGUACCCUGAGAAGUUUUCAUGUAAAGAACAAAAGUUAUGUUUACAUUAAGUCUCACCAAAACGCUUUGUGUGAUUCUUUUGAUACUUUUAAUAACUACAUAAGUGUUAAGGUUACUUUCUUCUGUUUAAAAUUUUUGCAAAGAUGAUUUUUGGAAUAUUUUAAACAUAGCAGGCUUUUUCUUCACUGCCUAUUAUGGGAGGAUGAGUAAUCCAUGAAAUAGUGUUAAAUUGAUACGCAUGGUUACACAUUUUCAUGUACCUCAGGGGCCCACUGGUUAAAAAAAGAGAAAAAAAAAGACAUCACUCCAUAGCGAUACUAGUGGUGAAAACUUUACAGGGCACCUUUAAGAUUCAAUAAAUAUGAAACGUUAAAAAAGCACCAAUUUGUUUGAAAUUGAUUCUGAAACAGGGACAACCAGUUUCCUCAAAUUACACUGGAAAGUUAUUAUUUUCUUCUUCUUAUCAAAUAUAUACAAUUAUGAUUUUUCAACAUAAUUUGUACACAGUUUAGAAAUAUUUUGACAUGCUGUAUGCACUGUAAACAUGUGCAUACUUUCCACGUGUAAGAGAAAAAAAAAAGGGAUGUCUGCAAACAUCUGCAGGGAAAAACAAACUGCAUGUUUGUCGGUGGCGUUGAUGUUGGAGUAGAAGCAUACUAUUGGCAGAGUUAGAGGCCAAGCAGAGGAGAAUAUUUUCAGAGAAUGUGCUUCAUGUCGCCUAUAAAGUUUAAAUACAAUUUUGGAAUGUGUGGAAAUUUGGGCUGCAUGAGCAGAUCAUAUCUGUUGAAAUGUCAUCUCCUUUGAACAUUGAUAAGCACCAAACAAUGAGGAAAUAAUGCAAAAAAUUUACAGAUAAAGACCAUCACAUGGAUUUUUGAAAAUCAAUAUGAAAAAUAGUUUUUUUACACGAUGAUCUUGAAAAAAAAAACGGUUUUCAAGUUUAAGACACUCAGCGUAUUCUCUCGAACAUGUCAGAUCUCCUAUUUUUCUAUCAAUUCUCUAUUUUUGUACAGUUUGUGUUUGGCUGAUGUAGCAGGCAGAUUCAAAGCUGUGUAGUUGAGUAUUUUGUGAUGUGUGUGCGAAUUUGUGUUUUAUUUUGGCUGCUGCAGAGCAGUACAGGUGGACAUGGAGGCUAUGCUGAGAUGCAGAAUUAGCUUGUGUUCAUUGUAUGUGUGCCCUGAGCUGUUUCAUAUGGGUUUUCUGUUGCUCUAAAGAGAUUGUUUCACUGUUCUUCUUAUUUUUAACUGCUGUCCUGUUGGGACAUGAAAAUAAUGAUCUGAUAAUUGUGUCAAAGGUGGCAAACUUCAGAAUUAAAAAGCAAAAAUACCA